UCACGGCUUCCCUGAGAGCAUAUCGUGGCUAUUUUUUGAAUAUAGAAAUAGCUAGCUAAGCUAGGUACAGCUAACUUUACCUAACAGAGGUUCAGCAGCAAUCUAAAAAACUUGAAAUAUAGUUAGAAUGUUGAAAAAGUGCUGCAUUAUAUUAUGAUAGUGAGAUUAAAGCAGGAUGAACAAAUGAAAAUUAAAUAUUACCACCUGACAAUAAAAUGGAUAACAAGAAUGAAGUUACCAAGACACCAUUGUCCCCCACACCAUCACCAAGAGGACAGCUUUCACAAGGUGCAGUAUCAGUAAUAAAAGAUAACAGGACAAGAGGAUUAUCAGUGGCUGAUACAUUCAAAGAAAAACAGCAACGUUUAAAGGAUGAGCGAGAAGCCAAGAAAGCACAAUUAGAUGCCAGGCAUGAAUAUCUGAUUGGAUGUAUUGCCGAUGCUUUAAAUAUUGAAUUUACAGAAGUAGUUGAUUUCAUCAUUGAAGGAGACCAGAUCUACAGAGUGACAAACUUUUUUCAACCAAAUGGCAAAUCUAAUCUCAUAUUUUUCUAUCAAGACAUUGAAAUAGAUUCAAAUGAGCAUCCCAAAAGUGGACAUGGUUCUCACAUCUCUGCAAAACCGAAACAAAAGCUCUUUCUGACAGACUGCAUGAAAGCAAGACUACAAGGGGUUUGCAUAUUUUUUACAAGAGGAAAUAAAGGAAAAGAGAUCACAAAGGAAAACAUCAACUCUGAAGUAUAUCUUGGAAUUAUCGACUGUCGAAAAAAAUCAAUCCUUGAAGCAAUUCAAGAUUUGUUGGAAGACAUCUUUAUUCCAGCGAUAUCCAAAUCUUCAAACUGGGGUGACAUAUCGGACAGUCAGGAUAAACGCAACAAAGCAAAAUUUCUAAGCUCACUUAGCGGUUUUGUUGAUAUUUUAUCUGGAGCCCAACAAAGCUUAAAUGACAUGGUCUCAUUCAGUCCAUGUACAUCUGUCAACUUAUCCCAAUUAACAACUCCUUCUUCAUACAUGUCAGCUGCGUCUUCGACUGAAAUGUUAGAAGCAAUCGAGCUGCAAGCCAAGAUAUGGAUAAAAGAAAUUGAGCAGGUAUUAGCAGAGACUGAACAAAUGAGACGAGAGGCAGACAAUGUUGGUCCAAAGGUAGAGUUAGAUCACUGGAAAAAACGAAUGGCAAAAUUCAACUCAUUACUUGAUGAAGUUAAAUCACAACGGUGUCGAGCGGUUGUUGGUGUAUUAGUAGCAUCUAAGUCAAAAGUUUUAAAGACUUGGAAGGAAUUGGACAAACGAAUUACAAACUAUGCCAACGAGGCAAAAGACAAUGUGAAAUUUCUCUACACUCUGGAAAAAUUUUGUGAACCUCUUUAUAAUUCUGACCCUGUAGCCAUGGUUGAUUCUAUACCAGGUUUGUUACAUGCGAUUAGAAUGGUACACAAUUACUCCAGAUAUUAUAAUACCUCAGAAAGAAUGACAGCAAUAUUUAUCAAGGUGACAAAUCAAAUGAUUACAGCUUGCAAAAAUUACAUCACUAAUAACAAAGAAAUUACAAUCUGGGAAGAAACUUAUGAAAACUUGGUGAAAAAGUUUAACCACUGCACACAACUCAACGUGGAGUACCAAAAGAGUUUCAAGAAUGCUAAAGAAAGUAUUGAAGCAAACAAAGACGAAAGGCAGUUUGAUUUCAGUGAAACAUACAUCUUUGGCAAAAUAAAUUCUUUUACAAUUCGUCUUGAGAAAGUUCUUGAUAUAAUGUCGAUGCUGAAAAGAUUUGAGUCAUUAGAGCAUUCUCACAUUGAAGGAAUUGACAUGUUGAAUUCAAAAUUUCAGUUUUUGUUGACAACAAUGAAGAAAAAGCCUUAUGAUUACCUUGAUUACCGUAAACUUGACUUUGACACUGAUUACGAGGAAUUCAAGAGAUCAGCCAGCGAAUUAGAGUUACAACUUACACUUUUUAUGGAGAGGACUAUGGUUAAAAUCGUUACGCUACCAAUGUCUUUAACAAUGCUUGCGAGAUUUAAUUGGUUAAAUAUACCAGCUCUUCAAGAACCUAUUCAUGAACAUUACAUGAAAUUGUUCGCUGAUUUUGGCAAGGAUUUAGAAGUACUAAUAAGGUUGUAUCAAAAGCAAAAGCAUAACCCUCCUAUUGCACGUAACAUGCCACCAAUUGCAGGAAAAAUUGGUUGGGCAAGGCAGCUAUUUCGCAAAAUCCAGGAACCCAUGGAAGCAUUUCAGGAGUAUCCAAACAUUUUUAAGGAGGAAGACGCAAAGAAAAUUGUCAAAAACUAUAACAAAACUGCUAAAGUUUUGAUAGAGUUUGAAGUUCUUUACCAUCAAGCGUGGUUACAACAGAUUGAGUUUGUUAAGUCUGCCCUUUAUGCAUCAUUGUUAGUCCGUCAUCCCGUAACGAAAGAACUGUAUGUCAACUUUGACCCACAACUUUUCAUGUUAAUGAGAGAAACAGAAUGUAUGGCCAAGAUGGAUCUUGACAUUCCCUAUAUUGCACAGCCAUUCAAACAAAAGAAAAGUGUGUUUAAAACAAAUCAAGGAAAAUUAGAGUUAAUGCUUAAAGAAUACAAGAAAGUAUUAUCAAAGAUCCCAGUAAUUUUUCAACCUUUAAUGGCACCACAUUUAGCAAAGUUAGAUGCUGCUUUGGAACCUGGAAUAAGCAUGCUAACUUGGACGUCUCUAAAUUUAAACUCAUACAUAGAAAGUGUUUAUGAUACAUUAAGAGAAUUUGAAUUGCUGAUUGAUCGAGCUAAUGAUAUAAAGGAGUUUCGUAUUGAGAAGGUUUUUGCAGAUAUAUCAAAAACAGUGUUUUGUGAAUUACCUACAGACCAGCCCUGGACAAUGGAAUAUUUUAGUGACAGAACACAGGAACUGUGUGCAGAGAGUUCUGUUAGCAUCCAAGCAAAAAGUCAGUAUGCAGAGUGUGCUGCAAAUGAAUUGUGUAUAUUGUUGUUAACUGUGGAAGAUGAUAAUCUGAAUGCAUCAAUUUUGGAGGAGGCUGAGAAAAACAAUGGGAUGUUAUCUGUUAAUUCAGAUAACAAGCCAUCAAGACCAAAGUCCAGACUUGGUAGUGCUGCUAUCUCCCCAUCACGAGCUGGGGCGCGCCGUAAAUUGGAAAUGCGGCAAUUGCUUGAAGAAAGAGCAAAUGAAUUAUUAUACCACUUUAACCAUUUAAACCUUGAGGCUAUAGUUAAAGCCAUACGAAAUUCACUGGAUGCUAUUCGUAAACGCAUUCACGUAACAGCUACUGUUUUGUACAAAGAGAAAGCUGUAAACUUAGUUGAUGAUUCCAUGGUGUACUCACCCUUUUUUUGUUCAGACUUUGUUUUAAAAAUACCAAAUGUAUCGAUGAGCCCAGCUUUAGAUGACAUACAACAAGUCAUCAACAAAUGUGUUUCAAACAUUGUAGCUGUGGCAAAAAAUGUGACCAUGUGGGAACAGUCAGUACAUGGCAUUUCACCCUCUGAAGAGUUUCAUGAUUCACAUAGUGAGCACAAUGACCCAAGUCGUACACAGAGUUUUUUAUCAGUUCAUGAGGAUGAUGAUGAAUCAGUGCAGUUACCAAGGAUUGAAGCUCCUUCUAACAGUCAAAGAAAAAAAACGUACUAUAAAAGUAUCACCAGCAACAAGGAAAUUGCAAAGCUGGUUGGGUCAAUGACGACUAUAAUAAAUUCACAAAAGAAAGAAAUUGUCACUGCUUUGGGACAGUAUGAGCAAUAUAACGCUGUGUGGUUGCUUGAUAAAGAGGAAGAAAUGGAAGAGUUCCUUAAUACAAAUCCAACGUUAGAUGAAUUUGAACAGCGCAUCUUGUAUUAUAAAGAUAUUGAAAAGAAAGUUAUAACAGAAAAGGAGAGAAUGGACGUAGGAUCGAUAUCAUUAUAUGCUGAAAAAAUUAAGCUUGCAAUUUGUACUGAGAUCAAAUCCUGGAUUGUAACGUAUGGUCGCAAUGCGAAUACAAAGUAUCGAAACUCUAUGGUUCAAUUCUUCAAAUUCAUCGACACUUUUUCAAAAAGAUUUAGUCGUCCUAUAAAUGAUUUGGAUGAUGUAAGAUUUGCCAUGGCAACACUAAAAGAACUGCGAAACGAAGAAAUAAAAUUGGAUAUGGAGGUUGCGCCUAUUGAGGACUCCUUUGCGAUGUUGGCAAAAUACGAAAUUUCAGUUUCCAAGGAUGAUAUAGAACGGGUGGAUACAUUGAGAUAUGCAUGGCAUAAUUUGCAGUCAAAAGCCAAAGAAGUACAAGAUGAACUUGUGGAAAUUCAACCUAAAUUUAAAAGUGAUUUAUUUGAGAAGGUGGAGAAGUUCCACGUUGACACAGAGAACUUUGUAAAAGAGUAUCGAAAGAAUGGUCCAAUGGUUCCUAACUUAGCCCCCAUCGACGCAAAUGAACGCUUGAUGAUUUGCCAGAAUCGGUUUGACAACAUAUACCGGCGUUACAUUACUUACUCUGGUGGGGAAGAAUUAUUUGGUUUACCUGUUACUGAAUAUGAAGAUUUGCAACAGAUCAGAAAAGAAUUAAAUUUGCUACAAAAACUAUAUGGAUUGUAUAAUGAUGUUAUUGUAAAAGUAAAUGGUUAUUUUGACAUACCAUGGGUUGAUGUUAACAUUGACCGUAUUAAUAUGGAACUACAAGAGUUCCAAAGCAGAUGUCGUAAACUCCCCAGAGCUCUUAAGGAUUGGCAAGCAUACAAAGAUUUAAAAAAGACAAUUGAUGAUUUCAACGAAAGUUGUCCGUUGCUUGAAUUAAUGGCGAACAGGGCUAUGAAAGCACGACAUUGGAAAAAGAUUGGUGAAAUAACAGAACAUGUGUUUGAUGUUGAGUCAGAUUCUUUCUUACUGAAAAACAUAAUGGACGCGCCCCUUCUUGAACACAAGGAGGAUAUUGAGGACAUCUGUAUUGCGGCUACGAAGGAGAAGGACAUUGAAGCCAAAUUAAAAAUGGUCAUGGCGGAAUGGAACAGUCACGAACUUACUUUCGGCAACUUUAAGAGUCGUGGGGAACUACUCUUACGUGGUGAUAAUACUUCUGAAAUUAUAUCACUUAUGGAAGAUAGCUUGAUGGUUCUUGGUUCCUUACUAAGCAACAGGUAUAAUGCACCUUUCAAGAAACAAAUCCAAUCAUGGGUACAGAAGUUAUCCAACUCAACAGACAUUUUGGAAAAUUGGAUGGUAGUACAAAACUUAUGGAUAUAUUUAGAAGCUGUGUUUGUAGGAGGUGACAUUGCUAGACAGCUACCUCGAGAAGCAAAACGGUUUUCAAAUAUUGACAAAUCAUGGCAAAAGAUCAUGCAAAGAGCACACGAAAUGCCAAAUGUUGUUGUAUGCUGUGUUGGGGAUGACACAUUGGGUCAACUGUUACCUCAUCUGCAGGAGCAGUUGGAGCUGUGUCAGAAAUCAUUGAGUGGAUAUUUGGAGAAAAAGCGACUUAUCUUCCCAAGAUUUUUUUUCGUUUCUGAUCCAACCCUGUUAGAAAUAUUAGGACAGGCCAGUGACUCCCAUACUAUUCAGAAUCAUUUAUUGAACGUAUUUGACAAUGUGAAACAUGUUAGAUUUCACGACAAAGAUUAUGACAAAGUCCUAUCUAUUAUAUCAAAAGAAGGAGAAACUAUUGAGCUGGUAAAAUAUAUCAUGGCUGUAGGGAAUGUGGAAGAAUGGUUAAAUAACUUGUUGAUAAUGUCACAAAAAUCUGUUCAUGGAAUCAUUCGACAGGCCUACAUUGCUAUUAACGAUGGGAAUUUUGAUAUUAUGGAAUUUUUGGGAACAUUUCCUGCGCAGAUUGGUCUUUUGGGCUUACAAAUGCUUUGGACCAGGGACUCUACUGAGGCCCUACAAAAUGCGAAAUAUGAUAAACGUGUCAUGGCAGAAACAAAUCAGGGAUUUUUAGAACUGCUCAAUCUACUGAUUGAACAAACUACUAAAGAUUUAGCAAAGAUGGAACGCACAAAAUAUGAAACAUUAAUCACAAUACAUGUUCACCAACGAGAUAUUUUUGAUGAUAUGGUCAAGAUGCAUAUCAAAUCACCAACAGAUUUUGAAUGGCUGAAACAAAUUCGAUUCUACUUCAUGGAAGACACUGACAGUUGUACAGUUUCUAUAACAAAUGUAAACUUUAGUUAUCAAAACGAAUUUUUGGGAUGUACUGAGCGGCUUGUUAUUACACCGUUAACUGAUCGUUGCUAUAUUACAUUGGCACAAGCACUUCACAUGUCGCUUGGUGGAGCACCUGCAGGCCCUGCUGGAACAGGAAAAACUGAAACUGUAAAAGACAUGGGUAAAGCUCUUGGAAAAUAUGUUGUUGUUUUUAAUUGUUCUGAUCAACUUGAUUACAGAGGUCUGGGAAGAAUAUUCAAAGGUCUUGCACAGUCAGGCAGUUGGGGAUGCUUUGAUGAAUUUAAUCGCAUCGAUCUUCCAGUUUUAUCAGUUGCUGCACAGCAAAUAUCAGUUAUACUUUCAUGCAAAAAAGAAAGAAAACCUCAAUUCGUUUUUACUGAUGGCGAUACUGUUAGCAUGAAUCCUGAAUUUGGAUUGUUUUUGACUAUGAACCCAGGAUAUGCUGGCAGACAGGAACUUCCAGAAAACUUGAAAAUCCAGUUCCGCAGUGUUGCUAUGAUGGUACCUGAUCGACAAAUUAUUAUCAGAGUGAGACUGGCAAGUUCUGGAUUUAUCGACAAUGUUGUUUUGGCUCGUAAAUUUUUCACUCUAUAUAAACUAUGUGAAGAGCAGCUUUCAGCACAAGUUCAUUAUGAUUUUGGUUUACGAAAUAUUCUUUCAGUAUUGCGAACACUCGGGCAGGCUAAGCGAGACAAUCCUGCUGAUAGUGAAAACAAGAUUGUAAUGAGGGUUUUAAGGGAUAUGAAUCUCUCUAAAUUAGUUGAUGAAGACGAGCCGUUGUUUCUCAGUUUAAUUAACGAUCUCUUCCCUGGUAUCUUACUGGAAAAAGCUGGUUAUCCUGACUUGGAAUUAGCUAUCCAAACCCAGUGUGACGAAAGUGGAUUGAUCAAUCACCCAUCGUGGUCACUUAAGCUUAUUCAGUUGUAUGAAACUCAGCGUGUACGUCAUGGUAUGAUGGCAUUAGGUCCAAGUGGGGCUGGCAAAACCACCUGCAUACACACUUUGAUGAAAGCAAUGACUGAAUGUGGAACACCACAUAAAGAGUUCAGAAUGAAUCCGAAAGCCAUAACAGCACCACAAAUGUUCGGUCGUCUCGACGUUGCUACUAAUGAUUGGACUGAUGGUAUAUUUUCAACACUUUGGAGAAAAACGUUGAGAGUUAAAAAAGGAGAAAGAAUAUGGAUAGUCCUUGAUGGGCCAGUAGAUGCGAUUUGGAUUGAAAAUUUAAACUCUGUACUUGAUGAUAAUAAAACACUGACGCUUGCUAAUGGAGAUCGAAUUCCAAUGUCACCAUUUUGUAAGAUAAUAUUCGAACCGCACAAUAUUGAUAAUGCAUCUCCCGCAACAGUUUCAAGAAAUGGUAUGGUCUACAUGAGCUCUUCAGGUUUGGAUUGGAGACCAAUUCUUGAAGCGUGGCUUAUUAAGCGUGACCCAGUAGAGUCAGAAGCUUUCCGAAUCUUGUACAACAACUCCUUUCAAGAACUCUUGGUUUUCAUGAACGAGAACCUAGCACCUAAGAUGGAGUUGUUGGAAUGCAACUAUAUCACUCAGUCAAUAAAUGUUCUGAAUGGCUUGAUACCAUCAUUCUCAGAAGGUAACCAAAUGUCAACAAACCAUUUAAAUCGACUCUAUGUGUUUUCAAUAAUGUGGAGCAUCGGUGCUGUACUAGAGUUGGAUGAUCGAGAGAAGCUGGAACAGUUCAUUCGAAGUGAACUUGACCUCGAUCUACCAGACAUUGAUGAUGGUUCUCAUCAUACAAUAUUUGAGUACUUUGUAGAUAAGAAAGGUGAAUGGUGCCACUGGACUAGCCGUGUAGAAGAAUAUAAGUAUCCAACAGAUAGCACUCCGGAAUACUCCUCAAUUCUUGUACCGAAUGUUGAUAACGUACGUACAGACUUUUUGAUGAGCAUAAUUGCAAAACAAGGAAAGGCUGCCUUACUUAUUGGUGAACAAGGUACUGCGAAAACAAUCAUGGCGCAAAGUUACAUGUCUCAUUACGAUGGUGAAAUGCACCUUAGUAAAAGUUUUAAUUUCUCGUCCGCAUCAACACCUUUUCACUUUCAAAGAACCAUAGAAAGUUAUGUUGACAAAAGAAUGGGCAGUACGUAUGGUCCUGCAGCAGGGAAGAAGAUGACUGUUUUCGUUGACGACAUUAACAUGCCAGUGAUUAACGAAUGGGGAGAUCAGGUAACCAAUGAAAUCGUUCGGCAACUUAUGGAGGCAAAUGGUUUCUACAACUUAGACAAGCCUGGAGAUUUCACCACUAUUGUCGAUGUUCAAUUUCUAGCAGCUAUGAUCCAUCCAGGUGGUGGGAGAAACGACAUACCGCAAAGAUUAAAGAGGCAAUUUUCUGUGUUUAAUUGUACUUUGCCAGCUAAUUCUUCUAUUGAUAAGAUAUUCGGCGUGAUAGCAGAAGGUCAUUUUUGCAAGGAGCGUGGAUUUUUAGACGACGUGCGAAAUCUAGCCAAACAGUUGGUGUCUUGUACAAGAAGAUUAUGGCAGCUAACAAAGGUAAAAAUGCUUCCCACACCUGCGAAAUUCCACUAUGUAUUCAACUUGCGUGAUUUGUCUCGCAUAUGGCAAGGAAUGAUUAAUGUUAUAUCAGAAACCAUAGUUGAUUCAUCGAGUUUGUUGUUGCUGUGGAAACACGAAUGCAUGCGUGUCAUAUCGGAUCGAUUUGUUGAAAUGUCAGAUACAGUGUGGUUUAAUAAAGUCAUGAUGCAAGUUUGCGAAGAAGCUUUGGAGGGUGUGAAUUUGGACUGUUUGAACCAGACGCCAUAUUUCGUUGAUUUUUUAAGAGACGCACCAGAAGCUACUGGUGAUGAAGAAGACGAUUCUGAGUUGGAGACACCAAAAAUAUACGAAAUAAUUCCAAGCAUGUCAACAGUGAAAGAGAGAUUAAGAAUGUUCAUGGCACAGUAUAAUGAAUCUAUUCGUGGUACAGGAUUGGAUCUUGUGUUCUUCGAAGAUGCAAUUAUUAAUCUGGUCAAGAUAUCACGCAUUUUGUCAGCACCACGUGGCAAUGCAUUACUUGUUGGUGUGGGUGGAUCUGGUAAACAGAGUUUGACUCGCUUAGCAUCUUUCAUUGCUGGUUAUAAGACAUUCCAAAUUACCAUCACAAGGUCUUACAAUGCAUCCAAUUUAAUCGACGAUUUGAAGUAUCUCUACAGAGUAGCCGGCCAACACGGUUCGGGAAUUACAUUUGUGUUUACUGAUCAAGAAGUGAAAGAUGAAGGCUUUUUGGAAUAUUUAAACAACGUUUUGUCCUCUGGAGAAGUUUCCAAUUUAUUUCCACGGGAUGAGAUUGAUGAGAUUACGAACGAGUUGAUUCCCGUCAUGAAGAAACAACAUCCACGUCACCCGCCGACGCCGGAGAAUUUGUACAAUUUCUUCAUCAACCGUGCACGUCAUAAUUUACAUGUGGCGUUGUGCUUCUCUCCCGUUGGAGAGAAGUUCCGUAACCGUGCAUUAAAGUUUCCUGGGUUGAUCAGUGGUUGUACUAUAAACUGGUUUCAAAGAUGGCCAAAGGAUGCUUUGAUAGCUGUAGCUGAUCAUUACCUGUCAAACUUUGACAUUAUGUGCACAGCUGAAGUGAAGGCGCAGUUGGUAGAAAGCAUGGGUUCCAUACAUGACGGUGUGGCUCUAUAUUGCAAACAAUAUUUCGAAAGAUACCGUCGCCAAACCCAUGUCACUCCCAAGUCGUACCUCUCCUUCAUGAACGGCUACAAGCAAGUAUACAGCAUACAAAAAACAGAGAUCGACAACCUUGCCAACAGAAUGAAUAUUGGUCUCGAUAAGUUGAUGGAGGCUAGUAAGUCUGUUGAGCAAUUGUCCAAGGAACUUGCUGUCAAAGAGAAGGAGCUGGCUGUAGCGACACUGAAAGCAGAUAAGGUACUGAAGGAAGUUACUGAGAAGGCACAUGCAGCUGAGAAGGUGAAGUCGCAAGUACAAGUUGUUAAAGAUCGCGCUCAAGCUAUUGUUGAUGUGAUUGCGGAAGAAAAAGCUGUAGCUGAAGAAAAGUUAAAAGCUGCAAAACCUGCCCUUGAAGAAGCCGAAGCUGCACUACAAACUAUCAAAGCAGCCGACAUUGCGACUGUUCGACGACUUGGCAAGCCUCCUCAUCUCAUCAUGAGAAUCAUGGAUUGUGUUUUAUUACUCUGUCGGAAAAACCUUGAUCCCGUUACCAUGGAUCCCGACAAGCCUUGUUGUAAGCCGUCAUGGGGAGAAUCAUUGAGGUUCAUGGCACAAACUGGUUUUCUGCAAGCGCUUGAGCAGUUUCCUAAAGACACAAUAAAUGGGGAGAUGGUGGAGUUAAUGGAACCUUACCUUGCUGCUGAAGAUUAUACAACAGAAAUCGCCAAAAAGGUAUGUGGUAACGUUGCUGGUCUGGCCUCCUGGACGAAAGCUAUGUGUAAAUUCUUCGCGGUGAACAAAGAAGUUCUUCCAUUAAAGGCAAACCUAUCUAUCCAAGAAGCCAAACUGGGCGUGGCAAUGAGUGAUUUGAGCGAAGCGCAAGGUCAGCUGGAUGAAAAACAAGCAGAACUGGACAAAGCACAAGCUGAAUACGACGACGCCAUGAGAGAGAAACAGACGCUAAUCGAUGACGCUGAAACAUGUCGUAGAAAGAUGGUAGCCGCAUCAGCGUUGAUCAACGGUUUAGGUGGCGAGAAAGAGAGAUGGACUGAACAAAGUAAAGAAUUCGAGCAACAAACAGAAAGGUUGGUCGGCGAUGUGUUAUUAGGCACAGCAUUUCUAUCUUAUUCUGGUCCUUUCAAUCAAGAAUUUCGCAAGCUACUUGAGAAAAACUGGCAGAAAGAGUUGCAUCACAGGCGGAUACCGUUCACCUUCAAUUUGAACGUGACGUCGUUACUGGUGGAUGGCGCUACAGUUGCCGAGUGGAAUGUGCAUGGUCUUCCCAACGACGAGCUAUCUGUACAAAAUGGUAUAAUUGUUAGUAAAGCGGCGCGCUAUCCUCUUCUGAUUGAUCCACAAAGUCAAGGAAAGAUAUGGAUCAAGAAUAAAGAGGCGUCAAGUGGACUGCAGGCGACCUCACUGAAUCACAAAUACUUCCGUACACACUUAGAAGAUGCGUUAUCGUUAGGUAGACCAUUACUUAUUGAGGAUGUUGGCGAAGAGUUAGAUCCGGUUUUAGAUAACAUCUUGGAGAAGAACUUCAUAAAGUUGGGCAGUACGUUAAAGGUCAAGCUUGGUGACAAGGAAGUCGACAUCAUGAAAGGCUUUAUGCUAUAUAUCACAUCGAAACUACCCAAUCCUUCGUAUACACCAGAGAUCAGUGCGCGUACAGCAAUUAUCGAUUUCACGGUAACGAUGAAGGGAUUGGAGGACCAACUCCUCGGACGUGUCAUAUUAAGUGAGAAAAGUGAACUUGAAUCAGAGAGACUGAAGCUGAUUGAAGAUGUCGCGUCGAACAAGCGCAAAAUGAAAGAACUAGAGGACAACUUAUUAUACAGACUGACCAGUGUGGAAGGAUCUCUUGUUGAUGACGAAUCUUUGAUCGAUGUACUAAGUAUCACGAAACAAACAGCGGAGGAUGUCUCGCAGAAACUUGUGGUGGCAGCUGACACAGAAGCGAAAAUUAAUAACGCGCGAGAAGAGUUUCGAUCAGUGGCGACUCGUGGAAGCAUAUUGUAUUUUUUGAUUGUUGAAAUGUCUUUCGUCAACUGCAUGUAUCAAACAUCUUUAAAGCAAUUUCUUGGUUUGUUUGACCAGGCUGUAGAUAGGGCAGCACAAUCUCCAAUAACAGCAAAACGCAUAGCGAACAUUAUAUCGUAUUUGACGUACGAAGUCUUCAAAUACUCGUGCCGUGGGUUAUACGAGGAAGACAAGUUUCUGUUUACGUUACUGCUUGGAUUAAAGAUUGACAUGCAAAGCGGUGAAGUGAAACAUAAUGAAUUCAUGACUUUCAUUAAAGGCGGCGCGUCAUUGGACCUAAAGCAAGUACCAGCAAAACCUUGUAAAUGGAUUUUAGACAUGACGUGGCUUAACCUUGUUGAGUUGAGUAAACUGCAGCAUUUUACAGAUAUUUUAAACCAGAUCUCACGAAACGAAAAGCAAUGGAAAGUCUGGUUUGAUAAAGAAGCUCCCGAGGAAAGUGAAAUACCAGAUGGUUACCAAGCCUCUCUUGAUACUUUUGGGAAAUUGUUGCUUAUUAGGUCAUGGGCUCCUGAUCGAACGCUAUCGCAAGCUAGAAAAUACAUCCAAGAAUCACUGGGGACGAAGUAUGCUGAAGGUGUCAUAUUAGAUUUGCACGAAACGUGGAGUGAAAGCGAUGUACGGACUCCAUUGAUUUGUUUCCUGUCGAUGGGUUCGGACCCUACAAGCAGUAUCGAAAGUCUAGCAAAGAGAAUGAAAUUGGAGUGUCGUGCGGUAUCCAUGGGACAAGGUCAAGAAGUACAUGCCAGAAGGCUACUAUCGCAAUGCAUGCAAUCUGGUGGAUGGGUGCUGCUACAAAAUUGUCAUUUGGGUUUGCCAUUCAUGGACGAAUUGAUGGACACGAUCACAGGAAGUGACAAUGUGGAUGAAACGUUCAGACUGUGGAUCACAACGGAAGUGCAUCCCUUAUUUCCUAUCACAUUGCUACAAAUGUCAAUCAAGUUUACCAACGAACCCCCGCAAGGCUUGAAGGCCGGUCUAAAGAGGACAUAUGCAGCCAUAGCCCAAGACCAGCUUGAUGUCACCAAUCUUCCACAAUGGAAACCUAUGCUUUACGCCGUCGCCUUCCUUCACACCACUGUGCAGGAGAGACGGAAAUUUGGAAGUCUGGGUUGGAAUAUACCCUACGAGUUUAACCAAUCAGAUUUCUCGUCCUCUAUGCAGUUCGUUCAAAAUCAUAUCGAUGACAUGGACCUCAAAAAGGGCGUGUCGUGGAAUACGGUGCGUUAUAUGCUUGGUGAAGUUCAAUAUGGCGGACGAGUUACAGAUGAUUACGACAAAAGAUUGUUGAAUACGUUCACUAAGGUUUGGUUUAGCGAGGCAAUGUUCCAGUCCUCUUUUAACUUUUAUCAAGGUUACUCCAUUCCACGAUGCACCACUGUUAAACAGUAUUUGGACCACAUUGACUCUCUACCCCUUGUGGAUUCACCGGAAGUUUACGGCUUACAUCCGAACGCUAACAUUACUUACCAAAGUCACGUCGCCAAAAGUGGCCUGGGUACUAUAUUGAGCAUUCAGCCUAAGGACAGUUCGUCCGGAGGUGGCGAAACUCGAGAGAGCGUUGUUCAAAGACUUGCGGAUGACAUGUUGGAGAAGUUACCUAGCAAUUACAUAAAACAUGAGGUGAAGUCUCGCUUACAAAAAAUGGGUGCGUAUCAGCCAAUCAACAUCUUUCUCAAGCAAGAAAUCGACCGCAUGCAGAGAGUAAUAUCGGCGGUGCGUAAUACAUUGACAGAUCUCAAGUUGGCAAUCGAUGGUACUAUUAUUAUGAACGAAGGUUUGAGAGAUGCUCUCGAUUGCAUGUACGACGGAAGGAUACCUGCACACUGGAAAAAGAUUUCGUGGGAAUCAUCUACGCUCGGGUUUUGGUUCACGGAACUACUAGAAAGAAACGCGCAAUUUCACACUUGGAUUUUUAACGGAAGACCAAAUGCAUUCUGGAUGACUGGCUUUUUUAAUUCACAGGGGUUUCUAACCGCCAUGAGGCAGGAAGUUACACGGGCACAUAAAGGUUGGGCACUUGAUAGUGUUAUUUUGCAGAACGACGUUCUUAAAAUUUACAAAGACGAUGUGGCUCAACAACCUGCGGAAGGUGUUUACGUCUACGGUUUAUUUAUAGAAGGUGCUGGUUGGGAUAAACGAGGCAAUAAGUUAAUCGAGCCUCCUUCGAAGGUUCUGUUUAGUCCCAUGCCGGUGAUACAUAUAUAUGCGGCAAAUAAUCCGCCAGCAAAAGAGCCUAAUCGGUUUUAUUCGUGUCCUGUUUACAAGAAACCAAUAAGGACAGAUCAGACCUAUAUUGCCGCGGUCGACUUGCGCACCACACAUACGCCCGACCAUUGGGUGUUGAGAGGGGUGGCGUUGCUGUGUGAUAUCAAGUAGUUUAUUCACACUUGACAAUUUUUCGGGUUUUUUAUUUGUUAUUAAUACCUGCGUAUAGAUUGUGUCUUUUAUGUCGCAAACAUAAAAACUUUUCGAGUGAGCAGUUUUUAAUUUUUUUGAAGAAAUUCACAAGGUUUUAGAAUUUUUCUUUUGAUAAAAAAAUAUUGUAAUACUCUACAUUUGGUUGACGUAGAUCGACAUAUCAACUCCUGCAUUUUUAUCGGCGCAAUCAGAUCUUUCCGGCGAGUGCUGAUGUACGCUGUGUUACUGAAGUUAUUAUUUUUUAUAUAUUAUUAUAUUUUAUUUUAUAUAUUAUAUUUAUUCUUUCUUAUUUUGUUUUAUUUUCUACAUUUUUUUGUACUAUUAUGGCUUACUAGUGGAUUGCAUCAAUUUUUAAAAAAGCGUAGUAAAACUGACUCUUCGUGUUCCCUCCGAAAAGUUAUUUGUUGCAGUGUGUCGAGU